AUGAAAUAUGAUAGACACACAAGCACAUAUAAAGAUGGAGAGAAAGAUAGAGAAAAAAAAAGUAAGAGUUUUGACACCAUUAUCAUUUUAGUCAUCACUUCCGGUUACGUCAUCAACAACAACAACAACAACAAUAAUAAUAAUAACAAUAAUAACAAAAUCACGUGCAACAACAAGCUGACAAUCCAAUUAGUAUCCGAGAUUGAGUUCGACCUUAACUUUGUUACCAAAAACAACAACAAAAACUACAACGACGAAAGCAACAACAACAACAACAACAACAACAACAUCAACAACAACAACAACAUCAACUUCAUUAAUAAGAACAGACGCAGAACAAAAGAAAUAAGACUGGCCCGUAUGGACAAAUAA